CUCAAGGUCAUUUUGCCUCCUUGUCAGCGGUAUAUUUACCAAAUUGUAUGUCAUUACUUGGCAAGUAUGUUGUUUAUAUGACAAUGAAUGUACUCUACGUAUUUGAUUUCAAAAUGGCAGGAUGUGAUGAAGGUACUUGAUGAUUUUGUUGUGUGUAAUAUGUAUGCCGCCGUUCCUCCGCCAGAGCAAUCGAUUCCUGAAAGCAGUACGAGCAAAGAAAAAGAAGGUUCUCCGCGUGGGAUAACAGAAGAAACGUGGCAGAAAUUUCAGCAGUUGAGGGAGCGUAGACUGCAAUGUUGUAAAGUUUCAACAGAUAAGAGGGUUAAAGAACUUAAGAAGAAAGCAACAAAGUCAGUUUUGGAUAACUUCACGAGUGAUGAAGAAGUUGCAGAGCUUCGCAACCAAGGGGUGAUCUUUAAACAGGCCAACAACAAAAGUAGACCAACUGAAUUCUCACACAAGCAAGAGAAAAUCAGAAAGCAAAAGGGUAAUGAGAAAAGAUGGAGUGAACUUCAACAAUAUUUAAAUUCAGCUGUACAUUCAGAAGAGCAUGAAAUGGAUCACACAAAACACACACCAAAGGAUGAAAUUGAAAGAAAUUUGGAGGUUGCACUUAAAGAGAAGAAGUUUGAACUUUCAGAAAAACUGAACAAGCAACUUAUGGAACAUGACUUUGCAUUAAAAGUUGCUCAAGCUGUUGAAUGUAGAGACUAUUCAAAGAGAAAAGCUGCUGAGGAUGAAAAAGCUAAAAAGAGAAAACGAUCAAAACCUCAUUGGGCAUUUGAACAAAAGGCAAGAUGGGAAAGCAAAGGAAACAUGUAGAAAUGAAGUACAGUCUAGGUUGAAGCAGAAAUGGAGCCAGAUAAGGCUCCAUUUUUUGUGACUGUUUCAUGUCACAGAAGUUUGAGGUAACCAGCCUUGGUGAAUGAGGAUGAAGCUGCAAUUGACUGAGAAUAACAUGGAAUCAAUGCACAUGUACCUGUGAGCAUAUCUGAUUUGAAUCCACCCAUCAAAGGCCAAGCUCAGGCAAACUUAAAUAUUGCAAAGGGGGCCUUGAUCCUAUUUCAUGCACAAAUUUUAGAAAAAUUGCACAUCAGGUAUAUUUUAAACAGCAUUCCAUGCAUCAAAAGUUAAAAGGGAAAACCUUAAAAAAUCUCAUCUCGUGUUCAAGAUUUGAGGGAAAUAUUGAGGUUUUUGCAACAUGAAAGAAAAACUUCAUGGGUCUAUUGUUUUUCCGGAGGCAUUCAUGCCUCUCACUGGUUCAUAAAUUUACAAUUCAAAUUCAUCUUCCAGUAAAAUUCACUUGUCACAUAUAAAUUUUGGUGUUGAUCUUGUAUGACAUGUAAACCCAUUUGCCACCCAGUUGAAGUCUACCAGUGAAAUAAGGCUAAAGCACAGUCAGCUAUGACAUAGAAUUAGAAACAAUUGUAGAGAUCUGUCAAACUUUAAUAAAAGAAAAUUUGUUCUGUGCAAUAGUGAACCAUCUUCAUUAACUUCUUAUGCUGCUCAUUGUCCAGCGUGGUUAAGAUAUGGGAAAAGAUUGUGGCUGAGCCAAUGAGCUGCUUGGUGCAAAAGCUCAAGGGGAAGGGGUAGGGUAGAAAAUUCCUGACAUCUUACCAGCUUAGAUGUCUUUUUAGAAAUGUCCAAAAUCUAAGCAGCAGGAACAUUAAGUCUUGAGAUAUUGCCUGUGGAACUAAGCAUAAUAUUAUGUUACUAGCUUCCAACAUGCAGGGUUACACAUUGCAGGCCUGUCAGAAUUCUGGGGCAUAUUUAGGACAGAGAAUAGUUGCUAGAUUGUUUUUGAGGCUGAUGAAGUUCUGCUUUGCUGAGUAAUGAACUUAACAAUGGUAGUUAUAAAAUAAACAAGGCUUUUCAUUCCAUCACAUAAAGAUGACUGUGUUUGUUGCAUGCCUAUAACAGAUUGAGCAGUUUCAUGAAUAACAGUACAUAUGGUUUUUUCUUUACAUUGAAGCUUAAGAAUGUGCAUUUAUGACAAAUUGUUAAGUUAAACAACUUUGUACACUUUUCAAGAAGUCGUGAUCAUGUCAUAGCUGACUGACUUUCAAUAGUAUUUCAUUGUACCUUUAUUAAAAUAACAUUGGAAUACCCAGUGGAUUUUAGCCUCUGGGGAAUACAUCCUUUAUUCUUAAUCUUACUGACUUUGUUAGGGAUUAAUUUGACAGUCUGAAAACAAACAAACGAAACAAAGCUCAUGGAUAUCUUUAUUAGAUAAAUUUGCAUUUCUUUCAUUCCUUAUUCUUGGGUAGGAAUCCAAUAUCUUACCAAGAUGUUCACAAACAGAAAGCUUGAUAUUGAUUUAAGAUACUCUUAAAAUUAAAGAAUUUGAUCAGCAUCAUUAGUUUUCUUUUCUUUCUUACUGGUAUUUCAUGGAAUGACGUCAAUGCAAAUGUUCAUAAGCGUAACCCACAUUGAGGAAAGAAGCAACAGGAAAUAUUAGUAACCGUGAACAAGAAGUGAGAACCAGAAAUGUGGUCAUUUGCAGAUGUAUCCCUAC